AUGUAUGUCAAGUGUGGCGUAGCUGUUGAUCGUAGGUCGGAAACAGUUUGUUUCGGUCCACCGUCGUAUACCGGUGUUAAUUGUGAAUAUUCAGUAGAUCGUAUAACAGUAAUCACACAUGUUGAUAUUACUAAUACAAUGUAUUCCAGAACACCUGCUAAUCAGAAUAUUAUAAUCCAAAUUUUAGCAAUGUUAUGGUUUGCAGAUCGUGUUGUGGAUCAUCACGUUUUCCAUGUUAUUCCACAAAUGGAAACAGCCGACACUUAUAUUAAAUAA